AUGGUUUUGAGUAAAAAAAACAGUGCAGGUGCGGUUAAGAAGAAGAAGAACAGUGGGAAUGGAGUAAUAUCUUCGUCAUCUACGUCAACAAUGGACGUCGGUACCACUGAAGAAAUCACAUCAUCGUCAUCUACAGUGGUGACAUCAUCCCGUGUAGUCGAAGAGGCCAGAUCCAGUGUAGAAACUAAAAGUCAGAGCAAUGUGGUUGAGACAAUUAGUGGGAGCCGAGAAGUUAUUAUGGAUUCCAAGGGCAAUAUCAUCAAGGUCAUUGAAAGUCCACCCAGGACGAGCAGACAAAUGACAACAAAAGGUGGAAAAGCUUCGGAUGAUUUUAUACGGGGCGAACAGACGCAGAUUCUUCAGGAAGCUAGAUCUCUUGAUGGUAACAAAAAUAUUUCACAAUCCGAUAAUUUGGAGCUCUCCGAUAGCCACGUAGUGUCUUCUAGUUUGUACAGCACAUCUUCUCAUGUUGAAGAAGCCUCCAGUCAAUUUCACGAGACCACGGCCGAGGGUGUAACAAACAGCCGGUCCUCAGAAAGCCAGCAAUCGAGCAAACUUGUCUCAGAAGCUCGCGAAGUUGACGGAAAAAUUUAUACCGACACUAACAAAGUUCAAGAGUCAUUUCAGAGUAAAAAUGUUGAUGGAAAUGUCGUGGCAAGUCGUGAGAAAAAUGUCUUGAGUGAGAGUCUGGUAGAACCCUCGGGAAAAUCUCAACAUACAUUUAUUAAAAACAGCAGCAAUAGAAAGUCUUCUAAAUGUGUGCCUUCGUUGAGACCCGGAGAGUCAUCUUGGGACGGUAAAUUUGUGUAUGAAAAACCAGAAAAAUUAGGAACUAAUUCUCAAACAAUAUUAUCAACGCCGGUUCCCAGUUCCCGCUCUGAAAAGGUAACAAAAUUUAUUUCUGGUGACGUAACAUCUAGCUCUGAAAUUCGAGAAUCUCAAAUACACGAAAGUACUUCCAGCAGCCACAUUUCUGAAGUAAUAACUUCCCACAGUAGUUCGGACGUUAGAAAAAGCAUCGAGACAGACUCUUUUGACGGUAAUUAUCACAGCAAAAAUUCACGACCUGGCGACUCUUCGUGGGAUGGAAGUUUUGUUAUUGACAGUAGUAAAACGACUGAGCCAUCGGUCGUGAGAAUAUCUGAUAAGGUCAGAGACACGGUUGAAGUCAGAGAUAUUUCCGAUAGUGCAGUCGAGUCCUCCGUGACCUCGUCCUCCUACAUAGUAGAGUACAAGGACGCGAGCGAUGGGAAACGUAUUGAAAAAGUAACCUCGGUGUCCACAGCUAUUCCAGAAGAAGAAUCCCCCAUUCCAAGAGGCUCCAGUACUCCCAGGCGCUCACAAACCCCAGAUAAGUCGCAGGCUUACAACAAGGUAGGCCAAUCUGCUUGGGAUGGUAAAUUUUUAUACGAAAAGCCGCCGACCAAAACGACUCGUACUGACGCGGUAAGACCGACAAAUCGUGGACAGAGAACAGACGUUGAAAUACGAGAUGUUACUGACGAUUACACUAUCAAUGAAGCUGAUAUAUCGACAACUUCGUACGUGGUCGAGACUUCGUCAAGCCAAACUAGUUUCUCGGACGUUCGCGAGUCCAGUUUAACUUCUGUCACUCGAGACUCUGGUGGGUGGGACCAGAAAGAUGUCACGAGAGAUAAGCGACCCUCGUCGCCAGAGACAACAGACAGGGCUGCCUUAAAACCUGGUUCGUCGACGUGGGACGGAACUUUCAAGCGUCCGGACCCGGUUCCUAUUACCAGAAAGCCCAGAGUCAGCGACACUACGCUGGACCUCCGAGAGCAUGACUCCAAUUUGUCAGAAGUAAGUUCUUCAGAGAGGUUUAUUUUUGAACAAUCCCGCGUCCAUGAAAGCUACUCGGAUUCCUCGAAUAUUGAUUUAGCUUCCACAGCGGUUGAGACGAUAAUUAUUGUUGAUGGUAAACCAACGCGUACUACUCAAUACAGCGUUGAGUCUACCGGAGAGACUACGGAAUCACUACAGGGUAAAAAAUCUCCGUACCCUGAAGAUCAUGCAAGCAGACCGUCAAAACCUGGAUCCUCCACGUGGGACGGCUCCUUUACUUAUGAACAACCUGUUGACACAAAAAAGCCGGGUGAUAAGAAAGUUACCAGCAAAAUUAUGGUUGAUAAAACAAGAGACACAUCUGAAGAUCGCUAUGUGUCUAAUGUUAACGUUGAUAUGACGGAUGACAUUAAAAGUACAACGAAGUACAUUACUGUGACUUCUGUCUCUGAUACGGCUGAUUCGAGGACAACUGACUCGAAGAACAUUCACAGCAAAAGACCGCAGAGUCCUGAAAAAUCAGGGCCGGCAGAUCGCUCAGGUCGUCCAUCAAAGCCUGGAUCUUCUACGUGGGACGGAUCUUUUACUUAUGAAAAGCCUCAGGAAUCCAAGAAACCGAUUGAUAAGAAAACAAGCGAUGCUAAACUUCCGGUAGAUAAGGAUUCCAAGGACACUUCACGUACUGAUAAGCAGUUUGUAACUAACGUUGAUGUAUCUGAAGAUAUUAAAAAUGUUACUGAGUUCAUUAACAUCGAAAAAUCCAGUACUGACUCAAAGACUUAUGACUCUUCUAAUUUUUCAAAUACAAUUACUCAUGAGGUUUCUGAUUCGCGAAAGCCUGCGGGUCCAGUUAGGAGACCAGAGAGUCCUGAGAAGUCGAUGAGCCCAACAGAUCGGGCAGCUCGUCCAUCAAAACCGGGAUCUUCAACUUGGGAUGGAUCGUUUACGUAUGAAAAAACUCCGGAGCCUAAAAAACAAAUUGAUAAAAAAGUAAGUACAAAAAUUAAUGUUGAUAAAACACCCAAGGAUAUUUCCCGUGAUUAUGUAUCCACUGAAUUUAAAAGUGAUCUCGAUGUUUCUCAAGAUAUUAAAAGCACAACUCAGUAUAUUAAUAUUGAAAACUAUAGCACUGUUGACUCCAAGACGUUUGAUUCUUCUAAUUUCUCAAACACAAUCACACAUGAAGUAACAGAUGCAGGAAAGCCUUUGGGUCCUGGAAAAAAACCAGAGAGUCUUAAAAAUAGACCAGAAAGUCCUGAAAAAUCAGUGAGUCCUACAGAUCGCUCAGUACGUCCUACUAAACCCGGGUCAUCGACUUGGGAUGGACAUUUCACUUAUGAAAAGCCGCAGGAACCUAAAAAGCCAAUUGAUAAAAGUCCAACUGAUUCACGACUUCCAGUGGAUAAAAAACCAAAAACUACUUCGAAGGAUGAUUACGUAUCAAUUACUAACUUGAGCAGUAAUGUUGACGUUUCUCAUGACAUCAAAAACACAACUCAGUUUAUCAACAUUGAAAAAUCAACUUCCAUUGAUUCAGUGACACACGACUCUACAGAUUUUUCUACUACAGUUACCCAUGAGGUUUCUGAUUCACGAAAGCCUUUGGGUCCUGGCAAAAAACCAGAGAAUUUUAAAAAUAGACCAGAGAGCCCUGAAAGACCGAGAAGUCCUACAGAUCGCUCAGCACAACCAAAACUCGGAUCUUCGUCUUGGGAUGGACAUUUCACUUAUGAAAAGCCGCAGGAACCUAAAAAGCCAAUUGACAAAAAACCAACUGAUUCGCGACUUUCAGUGGAUAAAAAACCAAAAACUACUUCGAAAGAUGAUUACGCAUCAAUCACUAACUUGAGCAGUAAUAUUGACGUUUCUCAUGACAUAAAAAACACAACUCAGUUUAUCAACAUUGAAAAAUCUACUUCCAUUGAUUCGGUGACACGUGACUCUACAGAUUUCUCUACUACAAUUACCCACGAGGUUUCUGAUUCACGAAAACCUUUGGGUCCUGGAAAAAAACCGGAGAAUUUUAAAAAUAGACCACAGAGUCCUGAAAGACCGAGAAGUCCUACAGAUCGCUCAGCACAACCGAAACUCGGAUCUUCGUCUUGGGAUGGACAUUUCACUUAUGAAAAGCCGCAAGAACCCAAGAAACCGAUUGACAAAAAACCAACUGACUCUCAGCUUCCAGUGGACAGAAAACCCAAGGAUGUUUCACAUACAGAUGAUUACGUGUCUAUCACUGAUUUAAAAACCAGCGUCGUUGACGUUUCACAAGACAUUAAGAGCACAACUCAAUACAUAAACGUUGAAAAAUCUAGCUCCGUUAAUUCAGUGUCACGCGACUCUACAGAUUUCUCUACUACAGUCACCCACGAAGUUUCUGAUUCACGAAAGCCUUUGGGUCCUGGUAAAAAACCAGAGAGUCUUAAAAACAGACCAGAGAGUCCUGAAAAGCCGGCAAGUCCUACAGACCGCUCAGCACGUCCGACUAAACCCGGGUCAUCGACUUGGGAUGGAUCUUUUACUUAUGAAAAGCCGCAGGAACCCAAAAAGCCGAUUGAUAAAACGAAACCUACUGAAAAAAAAUCGACAGUUGAUUCUAGGGACAAACCACGAAAGCCUACAGAUAGAGAAGACAGAAUCCAGCCUAUUCCGUCCGACUCUACUAUGCGAAAUAUUAGAGACAAUUUAAUCGACACAACUAUACUCAAUGAGACGUUUAUUGUUGAAAAAUCUUCCAGCUUCACUGAUGUUGUGCAGGAAAAUUACAUCAGCGAGUUUAAGGACACCCGAGACGUGAGAGAUGUCUCGGAGACGUCAACGAAGGAAUUUAUCAUCGAGAACCAGGUGACUAGUAUGGUAUCGCAAGAUGUCGAUGACACUCAGUAUGAGAGAACUGAAAUUACGAAAAGACCUGGGAAUUUACCGACGAGCAAAACGGCGCCGGAAAAACCAGGAUACCCACGAGGAAUACCCGGGCUUAGAGAAGACGAUAAACCCAAAUCAAUUCCUGCUGCAGGCAAACCAAGCCGGUCUCGUCAACCUGAAGAAACUCGACGCUUAUCGGAAGCAAGACCACGGUCACCAGAAAAACCGCGAGAAAACCACGUGACACCUGGAAAACCAACACCAGCAGCUGGUAAGCCUAGUCGUAAGCCUGAUGACAAACCAACAACUGAAAAGGCAACUCCAACAGCGGGAAAACCCAGCCGAAAGCCUGAAGAGAAGCCAAUUGUCGAAAAAUCUCGACCAGCUGCCGGGAAACCCAGUCGAUCUGAUUCUCCAGAAAAGCAGAAGAGCCCGGAAAAAAGACCUCAACGCAGAGAUCAAUCUCCUGACUCUCCUGUCGAAAAAUUUCGACCAGCUGCCGGGAAACCCAGUCGAUCUGAUUCUCCAGAAAAGCAUAAGAGCCCGGAAAAAAGACCACAACGCAGAGAUCAAUCUCCUGAUUCUCUUGACGGCGACAAACCUCAAAAACCAGGUUCUAUUAAUGUACUCAAGGAAAUUCCCCUGAAAGAGCAAUGUAUCUGCGAAUUAUGUACCUGUGGCCGACAUCGCUGCCCACACAAUCUGCCAGAAGACCAUUUAGAUAUUUCUCAUGAGCCAAUACAGUCAGUGUCAUUGUACAGGCAGGAAUUUGACGAGAAACAUGUUGACCGUCAGGUAACAUAUCAUCACGAAGAUCACCUUCAUGUUGAGGGCGAAUUUACCGGUGAGCGUCGAACGGAUUAUGUUGCAACUCGAGGUGAAAGGGCACCAGUUAAAAAGCCACAGGAUAACCUCAAGCCCGAGGGCGAAUUUUUUGGAAAACCCAAAGAAGAAGCGCCCACACAUGGAGAAAGGGCACCUGUACGACGACCUCAGGAUAAUUUGAGACCUGGAGGAGAUUUCGAAAGUGUCACGACAACGGACUUAGUUUUCACUGGAAAACCUGGCGAACGUCCAACCCCAGUUCGUCGUAAUACUUUCACUAAAAUAGAGGGUGAUUUUACUGAUGAAACAACUUCAAGAUCAGAGUACAUUGAUCAUCGUAGUGUUGAGCGAACUGAAAUAUUUAGACGAGUGGAUAAUCUCACCGUCGGAGAGGGAGAAUUCACGGGAACCUCUCACACAAAGAAUGACUUCCAUACACAUGACAUUCGUGAGAUAGAUCGUCCGACUUACCGUCGUCCUUCGGUAGAUCAAACAGAUCGUUUCUACAGUCAUACUGACAUAGAAAACGUUACAACAACACACGAAGAGUAUCGCAACUUUGAUAAGACCGACUACAAAAGUACAGUUGUCGUGAGGAGAGAGGACAAUUUACGGCCUGAAGGUCCUUUCGAAGGGCGUCCAAAGGAUGAUUACUCACCGAAAAGAAUAGAACGUCCUGACGCAAUACGUCCUCACGACAAUUUAAGACCCGAAGGACCCUUCGAAGGACGGCCCAAGGAUGAUUACAAGCCGACAAGAGGCGAAAGAGCUGAUGUCAAAAAGCCAAAAGAUAAUUUGAAGCCUGAAGGACCAUUUGAAGGGAAGCCUAAAGACAAAUACACACCUGGAGAACGUCGUCAGCCGAUAAAGCAUCCGGAUAAUUUGCAUCCUGAGGGAGAUUUUGAGAGACCGGAUCAAACUCCAUAUGCUCCUGGUAAUCGUGCUCCUAUUGUCAGACAUCCAGACAAUUUAUUCCCCGAAGGAGAGUUCCCAGAUCGCGAAAGACAACCGUAUAAGCUCAGUGAAAAAAGAACUCCGAUUAAGCAUAAAGAUAAUUUGAAACCAGAAGGCGAUGUUGAGUAUCCAGAGCAAGAUCUUUAUGGUCCAGGUGAAAGAGCGCCUAUUGUCAGACAUCCAGACAAUCUAUUUCCAGAAGGAGAGUUUCCGGAUCGAGAACGUCAGCCUUUCCGUCCUGCUGAGAGAAGAACGCCAAUUAAGCAUGAGGAUAAUUUGAAGCCAGAGGGUGAUUUCGAGAGACCUGAGCAUGAAGAAUUCAGGCCGGCUGAAAGACCAAUUGUGAAGAAGCCCCAGGAUAAUUUGAAACCUGAAGGAAAGUUUGCUGACAGACCGAAAGACAAAUAUUCACCGGGAGAGAGACGCAAGCCUAUUAGGCAUGAAGAUAAUUUAAAACCGGAAGGCGAUGUUGAGUAUCCAGAGCAAGAGCUUUAUGGACCGGGUGAAAGAGCACCUAUUGUCAGACAUCCAGAUAAUUUAUUCCCCGAGGGAGACUUUCCAGAUCGAGAACGUCAGCCUUUUAGACCUGCCGAAAGAAGAACGCCGAUCAGACAUUCGGAUAAUUUAAAACCUGAAGGUGACUUUGAAAGGCCGGAGCAUGAACAAUUUAGACCUGCAGAAAGACCACUUGUUAUAAGACCUCAGGACAAUUUGAUGCCCGAAGGCGAUAUACAGACUUACAGAUCUCGAGAUGAUUAUGUAGACUUUGUUCAUCGUGAGCGUGUUGAGAUUACUAAAUAUGAAGAUAAUCUACGGAUGGAAGGAGAGUUCACUGACACGAGAACUCGAGAUGAUUUUAAAGUUGUCCGUGGUGAACGUGCUGAUAUUAUAAGACAUGAAGACAAUUUGCGACCCGAGGGACCAUUUGAAGGUCGUCCCAAGGAUGACUACACUCCAAAAAGAGCUGAAAGACCGGAAAUUAAGCGUCCAGAAGAUAAUCUCAGGCCGGAAGGCGAGUUCGAGCGACCAGAACACAAACCGGUGGGUCCUGGUGAAAGAAGAACUCCUAUUAAGCAUGCUGAUAAUUUAAAACCCGAAGGAGAUUUCGUCAGGAGGCCUAAGGAAGAAGCACCUAAGAAAGGUGAACGAGCAGAUAUUAAAAGACCUAAAGAUAAUCUUAAGCCAGAAGGUGACUUUGAACGUCUCGAUAAGAAACCUAUUGGUCCUGGAGAACGACGAUCACCUAUAAAACAUGCUGAUAAUUUGAAACCUGAAGGUGAAUUUGAGAGACCGGAGCAUGAAGCAUUCAGACCAGCUGAAAGGCCAGUUGUUAAAAAGCCUCAAGAUAAUUUAAAACCAGAAGGUGAUUUUGACAGACCUACUAAGAAACCGGUUGGUCCAGGUGAACGAAGAUCGCCAAUUAAGCAUGCCGACAAUCUUAGACCGGAGGGAGAGUUUGAAAGACCAGAGCAUGAAGAAUUCAGACCAGCUGAAAGACCUAUUGCUAAAAAGCCUCAAGAUAACUUGAAGCCAGAAGGUGAUUUUGAAAGGCCAACCAAGAAACCUGUUGGCCCAGGUGAACGUAGAUCGCCAAUUAAGCAUGCAGACAAUUUGAAACCAGAGGGCGAGUUCGAACGCCCAGAGCAUGAACAGUUCAGACCGGCUGAAAGACCAAUUGUUAUAAGACCUCAAGACAAUUUAAUGCCCGAAGGCGAUAUGCAGACUUAUAGAUCUCGAGAUGAUUAUGUAGGCUUUGUUCAUCGUGAACGUGUAGAGAUUACUAAGUACGAAGAUAAUCUGCGGAUGGAAGGAGAGUUUACUGACACGAGAACUCGAGAUGAUUUUAAAGUUGUCCGUGGUGAGCGUGCCGAUAUUAUAAGACAUGAGGACAAUUUGCGACCCGAGGGACCAUUCGAAGGACGUCCCAAGGAUGACUACACUCCAAAAAGAGCUGAAAGACCGGAAAUUAAGCGUCCAGAAGAUAAUCUCAAGCCUGAAGGCGAGUUCGAACGACCAGAACACAAACCGGUGGGUCCUGGUGAAAGAAGAACUCCUAUAAAGCAUGCUGAUAAUCUGAAACCCGAAGGAGACUUCGUCAGGAGACCCAAAGAGGAAGCGCCUAAGAAAGGUGAGCGAGCAGAUAUUAAAAGACCUAAAGAUAAUCUUAAACCAGAAGGUGACUUUGAACGUCCUGAUAAGAAACCUAUUGGUCCUGGAGAACGACGUUCGCCAAUAAAACAUGCUGACAAUUUGAAGCCUGAAGGCGAAUUUGAAAGACCAGAACAUGAACAGUUUAGACCAGCUGAGAGACCGGUUGUUAAGAAACCUCAGGAUAACUUGAAACCAGAAGGUGAUUUCGAAAGACCGACGAAAAAACCUGUAGGACCCGGUGAACGUCGAACGCCAAUAAAACAUGCUGAUAAUUUGAAGCCUGAAGGCGAAUUUGAGAGGCCAGAGCAUGAAAAAUUCAGACCAGCUGAGAGACCAGUUGUUAAGAAGCCUCAAGAUAAUUUACGACCAGAAGGUGAUUUUGAGAGACCAACAAAGGAGCCUGUUGGUCCAGGUGAACGUAGAUCACCGAUUAAGCAUGCUGACAAUUUGAAACCAGAGGGUGAAUUCGAAAAACCAGAACAUGAACAGUUUAUACCAGCUGAGAGACCGGUUGUCAAGAAACCUCAGGAUAACUUGAAGCCUGAAGGAGAUUUCGAAAGACCGACGAAGAAACCUGUAGGACCCGGUGAACGUAGAACGCCAAUAAAACAUGCUGACAAUUUGAAGCCUGAGGGUGAAUUUGAAAGACCCGAGCACGAAGAAUUCAGACCAGCUGAAAGACCAAUUGCUAAAAAGCCUCAAGAUAACUUGAAGCCAGAAGGUGAUUUUGAAAGGCCAACCAAGAAACCUGUUGGUCCAGGUGAACGUAGAUCGCCAAUUAAGCAUGCUGACAAUUUGAAACCAGAGGGUGAAUUUGAACGUCCAGAACAUGAACAGUUUAGACCGGCUGAAAGACCAAUUGUCAUAAGACCUCAAGACAAUUUAAUGCCCGAAGGUGAUAUGCAGACUUACAGAUCUCGAGAUGAUUAUGUAGGCUUUGUUCAUCGUGAACGUGUAGAGAUUACUAAGUACGAAGAUAAUCUGCGGAUGGAAGGAGAGUUUACUGACACGAGAACUCGAGAUGAUUUCAAAGUGGUCCGUGGAGAACGUGCUGAUAUUAUAAGACAUGAGGACAAUUUGCGAACCGAGGGAGCAUUCGAAGGUCGUCCCAAGGAUGACUACACUCCAAAAAGAGCUGAAAGACCGGAAAUUAAGCGUCCAGAAGAUAAUCUUAGGCCGGAAGGCGAGUUCGAGCGACCAGAACACAAACCGGUAGGUCCUGGUGAAAGAAGAACUCCUAUAAAGCAUGCUGAUAAUCUGAAACCCGAAGGAGACUUCGUCAGGAGACCCAAGGAAGAAGCACCUAAGAAAGGUGAACGAGCAGAUAUUAAAAGACCUAAAGAUAAUCUUAAACCAGAAGGUGACUUUGAACGUCCUGAUAAGAAACCUAUUGGUCCUGGAGAACGACGAUCGCCUAUAAAACAUGCUGAUAAUUUGAAACCUGAAGGUGAAUUUGAGAGGCCGGAGCAUGAAGAAUUCAGACCAGCUGAAAGGCCAGUUGUUAAGAAGCCUCAAGAUAAUUUAAAACCAGAAGGUGAUUUUGAGAGACCUACUAAGAAACCGGUUGGUCCAGGUGAACGUAGAUCGCCAAUUAAGCAUGCUGACAAUUUGAAACCUGAAGGUGAAUUUGAGAGGCCGGAACAUGAACAGUUUAGACCGGCUGAAAGGCCAGUUGUUAAGAAACCUCAGGAUAAUUUGAAACCUGAAGGUGAUUUUGAAAGACCAGUUUGCAAGCCUGUUGGUCCUGGAGAAAGACGUUCACCGAUAAAACACGCUGACAAUUUGAAACCUGAGGGCGAGUUCGAACGCCCAGAACAUGAACAAUUCAGACCGGCUGAGCGACCAGUUGUUGUGAAACCUCAAGACAAUUUGGCGCCAGAGGGCGAUUUCCAAGUAUACAGAUCUCGAGACGACUACGUUGAUUAUGUACAUCGUGAACGAGUUGAAAUCACCAAGUACCAAGAUAACUUGCGGAUGGAAGGCGAGUUUACUGAUACAAGAACCCGAGAUGAUUUUAAAGUCGUCCGUGGUGAACGUGCUGAUAUAGUAAGACAUGAGGACAAUUUGCGACUCGAAGGAACAUUCGAAGGGCAUCCAAAGGAUGAUUACACUCCAAAAAGAGCUGAGAGACCGGAAAUUAAGCGUCCAGAAGAUAAUCUCAGGCCUGAAGGCGAGUUCGAGCGACCAGAACACAAACCAGUUGGUCCUGGUGAAAGAAGAACUCCUAUAAAGCAUGCUGAUAAUCUGAAACCCGAAGGAGACUUCGUCAGGAGACCCAAAGAAGAAGCACCCAAAAAAGGAGAUCGUGCGGAUAUUAAGAAGCCUAUAGAUAAUCUCAAGCCUGAAGGAGAAUUUGAUCGUCCUCAAAAGAAACCUGUAGGUCCUGGUGAAAGACGUUCACCUAUAAAACAUGCUGACAACUUGAGACCUGAAGGUGAAUUUGAGAGACCAGAACAUGAACAGUUUAGACCAGCUGAGAGACCAGUUGUUAAAAAGCCCCAGGAUAAUUUGAAACCUGAAGGAGACUUCGAGCGACCUGAGAAGAAACCUGUUGGGCCUGGUGAGCGUCGGUCGCCGAUUAAACAUGCCGAUAAUUUGAAACCUGAAGGAGAUUUUGCUCAAAGACCCAAGGAAGAAGCACCCAGGAAAGGAGAUCGUGCCGAAGUUAAAAAGCCGAAAGAUAAUCUCAAGCCAGAGGGCGACUUUGAGCGUCCUAAAAAGAAACCCGUGGGUCCUGGAGAACGUAGAACACCUAUCAAGCAUGCUGAUAACCUGAAACCUGAAGGUGACUUUGAGAGGCCUGAACAUGAUGAAUUUAGACCCGCUGAAAGACCUGUUGUUAAAAAGCCUCAAGACAACUUGAAGCCAGAAGGUGACUUUGAGAGACCUUCUCAGAAACCUUUAGGUCCUGGUGAACGUAGGAAGCCAAUAAAACAUUCUGAUAAUCUGAAGCCUGAAGGUGACUUUGAACGACCGGAGCAUGAAGAAUUCAGACCAGCUGAGAGACCAGUUGUUAAGAAGCCUCAAGAUAAUUUACGGCCGGAAGGAGAGUUCGAUAGACCCGUUAAGUCACCAGUAGGUCCUGGAGAAAGACGCAAACCAAUUCGCCAUGAAGACAAUUUGCAUCCGGAAGGCGAUUUUGAAGGUCGUCCGAAAGAUGAUUUUACUCCAAAACGCGUUGAACGACCGGUCCAGAAGAAACCAAAGGACAACCUCAAACCAGAAGGCACUUUCGACGCUUCACCUAAGGAUGACUACAAGCCAACUCGUGGAGAACGUUCUGAAAUAGUCGUUCACCAGGACAAUCUGAAGAUGGAAGGUGAGAUAGAUAUUUACAGAUCACGCGACGAUUACAUGAAAACAACAAGAAUGGAACGCGUGGAUGUUGUGCGCAGAGAAGAUAAUCUUAAAAUUGAGGGUGAGUUCAUCGAUAUUCGUCGUCGUGAUGAUUACAACGUCACUCGGGGCGAACGCACCGACAUCAUAAGACAUGAAGAUAACCUUUAUCCGGAGGGUGAGUUCGAGCGACCAGUUUGCAAGCCUGUUGGUCCUGCCGAGCGUCGUAGUCCCAUCAAACACCCAGAUAAUCUCAGACCAGAGGGUGAAUUUGAGCGCCCUGAGCAUGAAGGCUAUCGUCCAGCCGAGAGGCCAGUUGUCAAAAAACCUAAAGAUAAUUUGAAGCCUGAAGGAAACUUUGAAAGACCUGAAAAACGUCCUGUGGGUCCUGGGGAACGUCGUUCGCCCAUCAAACAUUCGGACAAUCUUAAACCUGAGGGAGAGUUCGAGCGUCCGGAGCAUGAUGACUUCAAGCCUGCUGAACGACCAGUUGUUAAGAAGCCUAAAGACAAUCUUAAGCCGGAAGGAGAUUUCGAAAGACCCGAGAAAAAGCCUGUUGGUCCAGGAGAGAGGCGUUCGCCCAUCAAGCAUCCGGACAAUUUGAAACCUGAGGGUGAUUUCAUUCGCCGUCCAAAGUCAGAAGCUCCCAAACGUGGGGAACGCGCUGAUGUGAAGAAACCCAAGGAUAAUCUCAAGCCUGAAGGUGACUUCCAACGACCAAGUCCAGAGCGAGUAGGACCUGGAGAACGUCGUACGCCCAUCAGACAUCCUGAUAAUCUCAAACCCGAGGGCGAAUUUGAGAAACGUACUCCAACAAAAGUUCGACCUGCUGAACGUAGAACUCCAAUACGACACGAAGACAAUCUCCAUCCAGAAGGGGAUCACCACUUUACCCCACGUGAUGAGUUUACGCCCAAGCGAGGAGAACGUGCACUCGUUAAGAAACCCCAGGACAACCUUCGUCCUGAAGGUGACAUGGAAAUCACUCAGAGAACUCGCGACGACUACACUAAAGUUACCAAUGGCCACCGUGUAGAAAUUAAACGUCAUGAAGACAAUCUAAGAAUGGAGGGUGAAAUUGACGUUCAUCGUACCCGUGAUGAUUUCAAGAAAGUUACCAAGAUCGAGCGUGUAGACAUCAGAAAGCGCGAAGACAACCUCAAGAUCGAGGGUGAGUUCGUAGAUAUUAAGAGACGGGACGAUUACAGCCAUACUGUAGCUGAGCGUACCCAAGUCAAAAAACAUCCUGAUAAUUUGAGACCUGAAGGAGAUUUUGAGAGGCCCGAAAGACGACCAGUUGGACCUGGAGAACGCCGAUCUCCGAUUAAGCAUCUGGAUAAUCUCAAGCCCGAGGGUGACUUCGAGGGCCGUCCUAGGGAUGAUUACAUGCCCAGACGUGUUGAUAGAACUGAGGUGAUUAGACGUGAAGAUAAUUUAAAGAUGACCGGCGAAUUCCAUGGAACAAGUUCACAGAAGUCUAAUUACACAGUCGUCAGGGGCGAGCGUGCUGAUAUAAAAAGACACGAGGAUAAUCUCAAAAUCAGCAGCGGUACAAUGGAAACUCGUACGACCAGCAAUGAUUCUUACUCGCCUACCAAGAAAGAUGUGGUCCCAGCCGGUCAGCCUAUCAACAGACGCAGGCACAUGGAGUCCAAUAUUUCUUUAGGCGAUGAUGCUUCAACAAUGACAACUACCAAUCAGAGAAACUACAAUACCUACACGAAGAAGACAAACAGAGAAGCCAUCAGGGUAGACAAAGUAGUGGAGGUUGACAAUAAAAAAGUUAUUUCCGACACAAAGCGUCAGCACGAGGAACAUCACCAUAAAACUCACAAUGAAAAUCAUCAAUAUUCGUCAAAUACUUCCAAUAUUCGUCGCGUGUCUGAAGAAAGGUCUGUUGAUCAUUCUCACACGACAUCGAGAAUUUCUGAUGAGCAUCGUCAAUAUUCUUCUACAUUUAACACUUCAAACAACCGUCGCGUGUCUGAAGAAAGGUCUGUUGUUGAUCACUCUCAUUCGACAUCAAGACAUUCUGAUGAGCAUCGCCAACAUUCGUCGAUUUCUAAUGCUUCAAACAGCCGUCGUGUUUCUGACGACAGAUCCAUCACCGAGCACUCUCGUAAUUCACACAACCAGAUAACUCGUGAUGAUUCAACGCCUCCGAGACACUCUGAUACUCAGAGAUAUUCGCCUGAUACCCAGAGAUACUCAUCAGAUGUGUCGAGGCAGCAGAGAACUCAGCAUCAAACUUCCAGCUCUCGGCGCGACUACGUCAACCAACAUGUCGUCAAUGAAAGCCGUCAGAAAGAGUCUUCUCAGCGAAGAAUUGUUUCCAACAACGGACAGACCAGCUCAGAGUUCAGACAAGCCAUCAACGGUGCUGCUCACCAUCAAUCUUCAGAUCAAACGCAUUUGCAUGCCGCUGGUAUGAAAUCUUCGCACCACAGGAAAAACGUCAUCAGCUCAUCGUCGACUGACGUAAAUAAUUCAGUCUUACAUCGCCGCGGUGUAGUUACAUCGACUGAAGCGCUCCAUGUGAGCUCUUCCACUGCUGCUGACCAGAAGAAAAGCAUUUCAAAUCUCACUGAGAGCGGACAGUACAUCAGCAACUCUUCCCAGAGCUCUGAUCGACGCAGUCUGACUUCGUUGCACAGAAACGCUAAAGACGGCGGCAAUCCUUACGCUUCUUCAACCUACGAAAGAUCACAACAGUUAGCCAGGAAGGAUAAUUUGACGGUCGGGGGGAAAUUUUACUCUCACAGUGAAGCUAAAAGCUAUGGAAACUUCAAGCAAAGCGGACAGAAGGUUGAACGUGUUCACAGGCAGUCCAAUGAAUCUCACAUCAGCCUUGGUGAUGGCAGCACUACUACUUCAAGCAUGUACAAGAAGGAGUUCAUACCCAGGGUUCGUGGUCCUUGUCCUGCUUCUCUUCUUGAAGCUAAACAGGCUCCGUUCAAGCAUACCAGAGACACUCCUAAACAUAAAUUUUACAUGCCACUUAAAAGUAUAAAGUCACUAGAUGAAGAAAAAAGAUUAUUUGAGCACGAAAAAAAAUCCAGACAAAUUUAUGAAAACAAUUUAAAUGAUAAACAAAAAGUGUCGCGUCAAAAACGUGACAAAGAAGAUCGUGAAUCAAUGAAGAGACAAGCUGAGCUUGAAGUUACAAAAACAGAAUUAGCGGAACUGCAGCGUAAAGUAGAAAAUGAAAUUAUCAGUUUAAAGAAUCGGUAUAAAAAAUCACAAAUCAAUAACCAGGAUGAUGAUUCGAAGUUUGCAGCCACUCCACGGUUGGUUAAAAUUGAAGUUGAUACUUAUGAGAUCGACAAUCCUCGGCAGCUUGAACAUCACAGUCAAAAUAUUAAAAAGCGGGAAGAUAAUUCUAAUGACAAGAUUAAUAUCAAAAUUAGUGAGGGUAAUGAUAAAAAUAAAAGAUCUGUAAAACGAAGGAUGAUUACUUAUAAUGAGAAGGGUCUGGUAAAAACUUCUCAAGAAGAUAUAGAUAAAAAAAUAGAAGCACUUAAAAAGAUAGUAAGAGAACAAAUUGAUUUAGAUAAAAGAAGUGAAGAAAUAGAAAACAGUAAUUUAAAAUCUAAUGAGAUUAAAAAUAUUUUCACAAAUACAUGUCCGCUCUCUAAUGAUGUAGAUAAAAAAGUGAAGAAAAGAUCAGCUUCUUUAGAAAGAAAAAAUAAAUCUAAGAAACCGGUUGUUAAAAAGAGAAAAAAGUCUGUGUCUAAAAAUAUUUCAAUUAGAAAAAGAGAAGGAAGAUCGGUAGAAGCUGUUGAGAAUAAAAAUUCAAAUGGGGAAGAUCAAUCAGACGAUGGAUUAAACGUACUCAAUUCACAAGAUAAUGCGCAAAUAGCUUCUGAAUACAAAGAAGCCUUUGGAGGUUUUCCGAAAGAUCCUGCGGAUUCACUCACUCGUUAUAAACGGAUAAAACGAUAUAAAUCAUAG